AUGUAUUGGAACUAUAAAAAACUGAAAAUUGCAUUAGGCAUCAUUGAAGGAAACUUGUUGCUUAAUAAACUGUUUUAUUUGUGUCUUCAGGAUGUUGACCUGAAAGCAUGUCAGGAAGCUUUGGAUGUCUGUUGUCCAUACCAAGGAGAUAAUCAGCUGGAACUGCAAGAGGAGGAAGUCAUAAAUCAAAGCAACGGCAACCAUAUAGAUUCCCAUCUCAUCUUAAAGGGCUAUUUACAGCUUCUGUCAUCGCAGGUGGAAAACAUGCUAGAGGUGAGUUUACUGGAAGAUAUACAAGUUGCUACUUCUAGUAGAGGCCAAGACCCAUCAUCUUCACACUACAAUGUAAGUUUGGCCCAGACACUUUGCCACUGUUUCAGUCCUCAUGAUGCCAUGCUACUAAGAACAGACUAUCCCACUCAAUCAAAUUCAGAAACAAGACAUUUACAAAGGCAAGAGUCUUUUCCUCAGUCAAGCUCUAAUAUUACAACUCCAGAAUCACUACUUUAUGAGUCAGAUUUGACAGGGCUGUUUUCAGAUGCUGAUGUUAGAAACCUAACAGCCUAUGAUAAUUUGGAUGAAAUUAAACUAAUCUCUUUGGCUUUGGAGGAAGGCUUUCAUCCUAUAGAAGUUUCUCAGCUCUUUGAAGAACCUGGCUCAGAUUUAGGACUGUCUUUGAAUUCAAGUCACAGGACUGCUUCUUACUCAGCUUGCAAUGAAAGUGCUGUUGGGUACAGCAGUGAUGUAAAAUCUGCCUCUUCACAUGGUUUAGGAGCUGUUGGUGGCCAUAGCCAAGAACACAGCAAAUACGUUCAUGUCGAAUAUCCAGGCGAUUCAGAGUGUUCUAGAGAAGCCACACUUCAGCAGUUUCUUUGUAACCACACUUAUAAUCAGCUGCCAAGUCACGCAGCAUCCACUCCAAAGCAUCACCAGCAAAUGUGGAUGGAGAAACAAAAUAAAGUAAACGAUAUGUGCCAUAAUUCUACUGAUACAAACCUUAGCAGCGAUGAACGCCACGCAAAAGCUCUGAGAAUACCAUUUUCGGUAGAUGAAAUUGUGAGCAUGCCUGUUGACUCUUUCAACACUAUGCUAGGAAAGAACCAUCUGACAGGUAUGCAGGUAUCACUGCUACGUGACAUGAGACGAAGAGGGAAAAACAAAGUUGCUGCCCAAAAUUCUCGUAAACGUAAACUGAACGCAAUUCUUAACUUGGAAGAAGACGUAUAUAAUCUUCAAAUACAAAAGGAGAACCUUAAAAAGGAGCACUCUCAGUGUAGCAGAUCAAUCGGACAGAUGAAGCAAAAGUUAAACAAUUUGUACCGUGACAUUUUCAGUAGACUGAGGGAUGACCAGGGUAGGCCUGUUAACUCUUGCCAAUAUGUCAUUCAUUGCAGUAACGAUGGCAGUGUUUUCAUAAUACCCAAACACUUGGUCAAAUCACAACAGAAACAAGAUAACAAAAAAGAGCAGAAACAAAAAGAAGAUGGUUGAAGGUCACUUAAGUUUUAUUUUUCCUGAAAGAAUGAUAUUUUUGUGAAGACUGUAGGUCAGUGAUUACAGUAGUACAAACAGAAAAGACUACAUUUGAGGAGAAAGACUGCAUGUUUAAGGGUCUGGCAAACCCAGCCAACUGAUCUGUUAGAAAGUCUACUAGCUGAGGCUUCUGAAUAAGGAAAUCUGUUUAAUUAGAAUUAAAGGAGCUAUGCCAUCACUGUAAGUGUAGUUAUAUAGACCUAUGUAAUACUAGGAAUUUAGUUUCUGGUGGUGGGCUAGAGGGGAGAACAUCAGUGGGGGGAAAAAAGCAAGCUUUAGAUCAAAGUUACACGUGGAAGAAAAAUGUGGUUUAGUCUUGAGCACUUGAUACUUCAUACACAAAGUGACCUUAUUUUACUAUUCUUUUUUAUCACUAAAUGAAAAAUUGUAGGUCAAAUUCAUCUUUACCUUAAAUUCACUGUGGACUUAGGUAUUCCUAGGAGAUAACUGUGCUUUGUAUUUGUUCAGAACUGUUCUGCUUUUCCUAGUUUACCUUUGAGGAGAGGCCCAGGAAGCUAUUGCAUUUUUCCUCACUACUUUCACCAUCGUAGCUCCAAGCAAACAUAAUGUACCAAUUGAUUUUACAACUCAUAUGGUCAAUCUGCAAAUAGAUUCCGAAAAAUUAGUAUCCGAUUCAAUGUUGUCUUACCUUUAUCCUCUGCAACUGAAUUGUUCUCAACUCUCUUCCAUGAAAAUUAGUGAUAGUGAAUGAGUUCCUAUUUUGUUUCCUAGUCUGUGAUACAUUUACUUGUGUACCUUUGCUUUUUCCCCUAUUUGGAUACCUUCCUGAAGUAGAAGUACUAAAAGUUUUUCUUUUUAGCUUUUUAAAACUGGUAUUAAGUAUCUUCAAUGUUAUGGAUAUUUUUUUUUUUUGGUAAGAUUUUCCCCAGAUCCUUAAAAGUAAAUUAAAUUGAAUCAAAUUACUAUUUUUCUGCACUUGUGAUAAUGAGGUUACACUCUGAUAGUAGUAGCUUUGAAGGAACUUUUGAUUUUGAUAUUUGUUCUGUGAAAAAGAUGUUAUAUUCACUCACAUUUAUUCACAAUAGCUUAUCCUUUUCUAGUUUACAACCUGAAAAGGGUCUGUGAAAAAGGUGGCCUAAAAGGCAUGUAGAAAAUAAGGAAGAAAUGUUGAGUUAUACUAGUUUGUAAGAUAUUAAAAUAAUAAUUAAUAUUAACAACUAGAUAGCAACAAACACUUUCUACAUCUUUGAUAAACAAAACCUGUAAAACUCAUAUUAAAAAAAAAAUCUCACUGGUCAUGGCAUGAUGACAACAUAGCAACUUUACAGUCAGGUAUGUUAAAAAUCACUUGCACCAAAGGUGUAAGAACUACACAUAUAUGCAAUAUAAACUUAAAUGCCAAAUUAUACCUUUUGAAUAAAUAAACUGUCAUUAGCAUGUAAAUCAUGUUGUCUGUUUGCACUUAUGUUUACAUUAACUGGUAGCACCAAGUGGUAUUUUCUAAAAAGGGAGCAGUGCCUCUGCAAAAUGCAGUGAAUGAUCAAUAAUGAAAUCAGCCAGUCUGAACAAUUUGCCCUGCAUUUUAUAUUAAAAGACUUCUUUAAAUAAAUGUAUCUGUUUUAUUUAUCAGUUUGGCCACAGCCUCAACUUGAUAGGAUAAAUUCAUAGUGGAAACUUUCAUUGGUAAAGCCCUGAAAUUUCUCUCUAUUGGUUAAGUAUCAGCAUGAGGUGUAUCUAUGCUAGCUGGUAUUCACAGGAAUUUAAUUUCUUGUCAUGAACUUCAACCAAAGCAUGCAACAGGUAACAGAUACCUAUGAAUUGUGAACUUUAUUUCUAGUUCCAGGAAAAAGCCCAGUAUGUAUUUUCAAUCAGCAUGAUUACCAUCUUUUAAUUAAAUGACAUAAUAAGCUUUUUGAAUUCUGCGCAUGUGGCCUUUGUAGGACCACAUCUUUUAAGUCUACUUCACGGCCCCAUGCACACAAACUCUAGAUACUAGAUUAGGCCCAUAACUGAUAAAACCAAACCCCUAAGUAUUUCUGGUUUAGAGCCUUGCAACACAAGUUUCAACAGUUCUAAAGGGAAGAGAGGAAAAAAUAUGUAAAAAUGGCUAAACCUUCUGUGCCUACACCUUCAGUAGCAGUAGAGUGAGCACUGCAGACUUUUGUAAAGCCAGCUACUAAUGAAGUAUUAAACAUACACCCAACUGGGUAAUAGUUACAUGACUAUAUUUUGGCACAUGCUGAAAAAAAGGAAGCAUGCUGGAACUCUUUCAGAGAGCAAUCCUAACAGUAAGCAGUAUACUCUAGACGAUCCAUAUAAAGUGAGGACAUCUGCCCCAACCCCAUUCCAUUAUCUGUAAAUUUCCAGAUGGGAAAGUACAAUGAACUGCCCUAAGCUAAUUCCACUCUUUGUUAUUGCUCAAUGGCCAUGUUUCUUUAAGGCAUCUUUGUAUGAAUCUCAAUUUCUGAUAGCUCAGCUAAAAACCUCUCAGGUGAAUUAUUAAUUUUGGGUGGACUGUGACUUAUAGCAGCGCUGAUGAUGCAGACACCGAGCACUAGGUCUGGACGUACUCAUUUUCUCAAACCUUCAGCUACCUACCCAUAGAAGAGACAAAACCGUAGGCAGAAUUCAAUGUCCCAUUUUUUUAAGUUUUAGUAGACUGCCAUUAAGUUACACCUAAAAACUCUUGGUACUUUCUGUGACUAGCUUAUGUUUAAAACCCAAACUGCUUAGUCUUGGCUAUAGCUUACAUUUUCAUGUCCUUAAAUUAUCUGUGAAAGUUCAGCUAGACAAAAAAGGAAAGCUAAUUUUACAGCAAGCUUUCCUCCAAACACAAAGGAUUUCUGAAACUACUUUCCAUGUUUCAGCCUUAGACUGUAUUUUCAACCUCUAUACAAAAAGGAGACACUGGACAGGAAUCCAGGAGCUGUUCAGCUAAACUUGUAAACCAAAAUGGUUGCAAAAGGUAGGAAACCACUAUCUUGGCUUUGUUGAUACAUUGUCAAGAAACCAAACUCCUCAGUGUACAAACCUGGAACUAGGCUAUGUAAAAUCACAUAAUGUGGUACCAAAAUUACUCCAGAGCCAGAUGUCUAUUGAUAAAGCUGGUGCCACCUCCUACCUUACUGAAUACUAACAUGGAGAAAGGCAUCUCUCUGAAGUAGGAACAAUGAAAACACUUUUAAGACUUGUUACACUGCUAGAAUACUGCAAAACUGAGGAUUGUAGAUGAGGCCGUUGAUAAAGCAAUAAAAAAAUGGAAAUGCCAACAUGCGAGUCCUCAUUAUUGUUCCCAUGGUAAAGCUAUUAAGCAGUCUGUAACAUCUGAGCAGUAAACUGCAUUUUCCUUACAUUAAUAAUAAAAAGAGGUUAUCUGCAAGAGGUUAGGUCAUAUUAAUUAUAGAGGGAAAACACUGGGUGGUGGGGAAAUAGCAAAGUGUAGAUUACCUUCCCCAUUAUUGUGGGUAGCAACACACACAGGCACUACAGAACAGCAUUAGCUGGUAGCUGCUCUUAGAUCCGUACCUUUUGUAGAGAAGCAUCCAUUGGAAACAAACACAACUUCAGUACUUUAUUAGAACGCAAUACCCUUAUGACAGGUAAGGCUGAACACUCACGUACAGACGCACCGCAAAUAAGCCCUCCCAGAAGAGACAUGUCACACCGCUUUGAAUGAGCACUGACAGUGCUGCACUGAAAUGCAGCUUUAGCUCCAUGGUUCAGUUUUAUUCAGUAGACGUGGCUUUUACAGCAGCUAAAUUUUACAGGCUAAGGUUGUUCCUGCUCAAGAGCUUACAAUCUAAGUUUUAAGAUAGGGUAACCAGAGUAAUGGACUUCAAAGAGCAAAGAAAGGACAAAGCAACUUUAUCAGCAUGUUUUGUCAGUUUUAACAGCUGUUAUUUGUCCCAAAAUACACAUGCUACAAUCGUAUCUUACGGGAGUCACAAGUAUGGUUUUAAUGAGAAUCUUGACAAAGUAGAGGCCUAUAAAUGAGGCAACAUGACACUUGGCACCAAGUUCUAGUGAAAAACUAUUUAUUAAAUAAACCAAAUAGGGAUGACACAUGUAACCAUGUGGUCUUACUACCACAGCAUACCUCAUAAAAGCACUGCAACUCGAUACCUGCUACACAGCUACUAGAACUCCAUUAAAUGCAUCAGCCCCAGAACGGACCAAGAAAGAGCAGAACAAGUAAGAGGAAGGGGAAAUCAUGUAUUGGUGAGAACUUGGGGGAAUGACAAUUUUCCAGGACUUACACAGACACCUUUUUCACAGACUGAAGCAGCACGGGAGGUCACACAAGCUAGUUUGUAAACUACAUGGUCCCCAAACACUGUUGGCCUAGUAUGUUCAUAGCACUCGGUCAGGCAAGUCACACAGGCAUUUAAAGUUAAACAGUGUACAUUUACUGUUGAUAUAUAAACCAGUUCUUGCUACAUUAACUGGAGUAACUUUGACAACACUCAAAUGUCUGCUGCAAUGCAAAUCAACACUAGCUGCAAAGCAAGAACACAAUUGUUAAAAGAGAUAGUAUGGUUUCUGCCAAGACAGAUCAGUGUUACCCAGGAAAACCCUUCCAUGUUACACUCCUCUGCAUUCCUGCUAGUAUAGCUCUGUAUAAACAAGAUGAGAGCCCGGCAGCUCCCUUAGUAGGGAAAAAAAAUAGCAGUACUACAGGAUUUCACCUUGCAUCAUGCACUCUGCUUUGAAAACAAACCCAAACGCUAAAGCUACAGGGAACGUAGUGUCCAGUAUGUUAGCAGCAAAAUCACCCUCUUUCACAAAUGUGGUCAAGCUGCCAAAGCACACUCAGCUGACAGCUCCUUCAAAAUGCAGGUAUGUUUUGUGGGGUUUGCUUUUCCUCCCCCAGUAGUGUGAUUUCGUGCCCAAGAUAAUAUGUAUGCUCAUCAUGAAACUAGAAGAAUGCAAUCCUCUUUCCCACAUGACAGAAGUUUAAUUCCUGCUAAUUUACAAUAUUGUGGGGCAUUUUUCGCAUUUCCCCAAACACUUUUCAGCACCUGAAGCACAAGUAGUAAAAGUGAAUAAAAUUCAACUUUCAUUCUAAGUAACAGAACACAAAGUCUGAGCAUCCAGAACCCUAGGAUUGACCUCUCUUCACUUUAUAAAUGCAAGUCAUACACAGUAGUUUUUUGGGGAUUUUUUGCUCCCAUAUAUUACCAACAAGUUAUGUUGCCUUUCACAUUCUUCCCUCAGCUUGCUGCAGUGUUUGCUGGGGGCAACCUGACCUCAGUUCUUAGUACACUGAAACAUACUGACCAGCAACGUUACCCUUACUUUGAAAUCAGGAAGUCUGUAGAGUGACACAAAAUCAACUUCUUAGAAAUUAAAGGAGGAAAAGUAUACACUGUCUACAAACUGAGGACCAGUAAUUGACCACACACUGUUUUUUUUUUAUUCCAAGUUGCUAGCAUUCAGAAUCAGGUUGACUCAAAACUUCUCUCACCGAAUUAAUCAGUAAACAUUGUCUUGUCACUUGCUUAAAUUAAGAAUAUACCGAGAAAAAAAAGUAAUCAAAAGUUCAACAGCAAGACAACAGGAAAAACUUACUCAAAUAUUCCAAGCUUUCAAGACUUUAAAUAUCCAGUAGCUUAGUUUCUGCAUACAGCUGUUCCCUAUAUGCUCCUUCCCCCCACACCAGUAGAUAAAAAUGAAAACAUCCUCAUUAUGGAAAAUAUAACGUACUUCAGUAAAUUUUGAACCUCAUUGCAAAACUCAAACAGAUAAAGAGAAGGGUUAUUCCUCUUUGAAGUGGUGGGUUGUUUGGUUUUUUUUUGUUGGUUUUUUUUUUUUAAUGUCAUAUGAAUAUAGACUUGGCAACUGUAAAGAAAAACUUCCAUCAACUAAAUCUAAGUUACAGGAAAGAAGGCACAUUCCUUAUCAUCUGGUCAACUCAUUCUGUUGGAAAGAAGAAAGUAAAGCAGAUUGUGCAUGUCUUCAUUUUCUGCUUCCGUUGCAGCCCACUGGUUACCUAUGCAAAUAUUUCAAAGUUCAACUUAAGGAACAGAAAAAAAUUUUAUGUGAAUCCUUAAAUAUUUUUGAAUUAUCUAAAAGAAGGUUAAAAUACAUGAUGAUUCUGCCAAAGCUAAGCAUAUAGAUUUCAAGUUUAGAAUAAAUUGUGUUUGUUGGUAACAUGUGAAAACAAUACAGACUGAAGAUACCUUCCCUCAAAUACAUUCCCCCAACCAAAGCUUUCCCAAGCUCACACUUGCAGUUUGGUUUGGUGGUUUUCUGGGGUUUGUUUUGGUUUGGUUUUUGUCAGGUUUUUUCCCCCACAAGAUGUAGCUAUCUGUAGUAACAGUUCUGGUACAGCAGGAACUCUACAUUCCAUUCAGUCUGUCUUUCUUGGUGCUAAGAGCUCUUUACAGGUGAAAAGGAUAAAGCUAUUGCCCUAUUCCAUUUUGACAAACUGUCUUAAGUGGUUAGUUUCAUUUACAUGAAAGGAGGAGAUAUUUUUAUAAAGUGAUAUAAAACACAGCCAAAAAGCUAUUUUAAAGCAAUUGUGUCCAACAACAAAAAGAUCAGCAUUUUUAAUUUGUAGCACUGUUUCUCCCAACAGAGAACAGAUGCCUACGGUCAGAGACCCAAGUUCUGUGAAUACACUUGCCAAGUUGACUGUUUUAAAUCCACCUCGAAAUGGAAUGUUUCAAAUCAUGAAAGGGCUAAAAGCUGCACAUAAACAUUAUUUAAUGUUAGACACACACUAAGUUUUAUUAAGCAUUACACUAGAACUACUUUGGUAUAAAAAAUACUUUAUUUUAAAGCUAUGAAAGUUAUAAAAAUAUGUAGUUAAACUUUCUACUCACAGAAUGUUUGCUAUUUUUAACAUUAGUGAUUUGUUUCUCCUAACGAAUCUGAAUUUUAUUCGAAAGGUUUACAAGACAU